GUCGACAACCGAUGGGCAGGGCCCAAGGCGGCGUCGGACACGCAUCACCCGCAGGAAGAUGAAGAAAGCAAAUGAGAAGCGGGCUGUGAAUCUCCCCAAGCUGUCGACAACGGCAACCACCGACGGCGGCGACGUCACUCCACGCCGUCCUCCGAAGCUUCUUCUCGAAUCUCCGUCCGCUGGAGCCGAGUCGUCGUCACCACAGCAGACCCCGCUCGCGCUGACACCAAUUCUCGGUCUCGACAGCACUCUCGCGGCGCCAACGAAACCCGUGACACUCAUGGCCCCCACGACUCCUUCCAAACAGCCGAAAGGACAUAGUUUGCGCGCACGGAAGCUCGAAGAUCCGAACCACCACCACCAGUCUCUGUCGCCGUCGUCGCCGACGUCGUCCGUGCCAAGUCCAGGGCAGUUGUACGACCCAACGUCGUCAACGCUGCUCAAUCCAGCGUACGAAGUGGACAUGUCGUUGCUGGAGGCCGAAGUGGACAAACUCCGGCAACUCGGCCAGGCCGCCGAAGGGCACGCUGAUGCGAUAUACGCCAACAACGCGAAGGAACGCAUGUUCUUCAAGCAGGCGAGCUCCGAGAUCGCCAACAUGGAAGCCGACAUUGUGGCCAAGCGCCGCGCCAGCGUGCAAGAAAAGCAAGCGUGGAGCGCGGAAAAGGUCGAGUUUGAGGCGUUGCUGGUCGCCAAAGCCGCCGAGUUGGCCGCGAAUGAACGCGAACGCGCCAAGUUGUCUGAGACUUUGACGCAAACGGUGCAGUACUUUACGCAUGAAGUCGAGUCCCGCGACAAGGUCAUUGCAGCGCACGUCGCCGAGCUGCAAACGACGCGCGACGUGCUCUCGGCCACCGAACACAGUCUGCGGCAAAGCCAGAUGCAGCACCAGCGCGCUGUCGAUACACUUGCCAAGCACGUGGACGACCUGGAUGUGACCAAGGCGGAGCUCGCGACUGCCCGCGACGUCGUCAGCCAGCACGAAAUCUCAAUGGCAAACCAGUCCAAGCAUAUCGCGGCCACCGAAACCGCGCUUGCACAGGCCCGCACGACGAUUGCGUCGCUCGAAAACAAGUGCGCCGACCAGAAAGGCACGCUGCAUGCAUACAAGGAGGAGAUGCAUGGCUACGUGUUCAACGUCGACCAGCUCCGCCGAGAGAUCAAGCAGGGCCAAGACAAACAGGACGAAUUGAUGGCAGUGAUCAAAGGCCAUGAGAAGACCAUCGCGGCAUUCAAGCGGCAGCAGUCCAAGUGGGAUGCCGCCAAGGCGGCGCACGAAACCGAGCAGAGCGAACACCGCGCCAUCACAAAGAUGCACAAAGAGCGAAUUGACGCCCAAGCAAAGCUCAUUCAUCGCCAGGAAGAGUCGAUUGUCGCCAACACGGUCGCGCACUUGGCAGACUUUACAACGAUCGACUUGCAAGCGGCGCAGCUCAAGACGUUGACCCGCACCGUCGACGACCAGAGCGCGUACAUUUCAAAGCUCGAAGCAACGUGCCGAGCCGCCGAGAUCCAGCAUCUCAAGAACCGGUCGAUUGUCGAGCUCCUCCAGACCAAGAUUCAUGGCCUUGACGACGUGAGUAGUCGCCAGGACAAGGACAUUACCUCCUUGAACGAACGGCUGGCGAAGCGCGACACCCUCGUGGCCGCCCGCGACGCAGAAAUUGCGGCGCUCAAAGCGUCGUUCGAGUCCAUGUCGACCGAGUUGCGUGGUCAAAUUGAAACGAACCAGGCCGUGAUAGCCGUCCAUAUUGGUGUGAUCGAAGCGAUGCGGGCGACGCAAGAAAGCCUCGUCGCGGCGAAAUCGCAGUUAGAAACGGACCUGGAUGCGCAAAUGACUCGUGCGGCCGACUUGGACGCGACGCUGCUCCAAUUGCGCAAAGCAUUUGCCACACUCGAAGACAACUACAUUGGGCUUUGCCUGCGCCACAGAAUGGACGAGGCAAGUCACGCCCAGGCCUUGCGGGAACUGGCAGCAUGGGCCAAAGCGACGCUAGACGAACGAGGUCUGGAGCUGGCGGAGCGCAAUCAGGUACUUCGUGAAGCGUCGGAAGAUGCCGCGGCGACCCUCGCGGCCCUUCAACACAUCUUGGACGAGACGAACACGUCGUUUGCCGAUUGCAAGGGCCAGGCCGCGGCCACGGCCGCUGACUACGAAGCCAAAGUCGCAGAGCGGACCGAGGCGCUAGAGCAGCAAGAAGAACGCAUUCACUUACUCGAAAUCCAGCUCAAGAUGAACGCGGAACAGGCCAACCAGCGGCGCCAAACUGCGCAUGAUGAACGGCAGCGCGAGAUGGCGCAGUUCCAGCUGCAACUCAAGGGAAAAGAAGAUGUGUUUGAGAUCGAAGUGAGCCGCUUGAAGGGCCAAAUUCAGCUCGAGCGCGCGGCGGCGCUCGCGCAGCUCACUACUCUCCAGGAAUCGUCUGAAAUGGAACUGUCCAAAGUGCAGAGCGUGUUGCAGCAGGAACGGACGGCAGCGGCCGCGACGAUUGCCCAGCUACAAGAAAUCCGCACGAAACUCACACUGGAGCGCACGCAGCUCCACGAAGAGCUCGCACAAGUUCGAGCAGGCGCAGCGGAGGACGCCAGGAUGUUGCGACAUCAGCAUGGAAUGCUCGACGAAGAGAUCAGAGGCGCGGCAUAUGCGCUGGCUGCUGCUGCCGCCGCUCAGGAAUCGUUGGUGAAUCGGCACACGGUUUUCGUAGCUCAGUUGCGCGCGGACCACGCAGCAUGUCUUGCCAAGGCUGAGGCGGCGCAUGGGACACUCGUCGCCGCGCUGCAGGAAGACCACACUAAAGCCACGACCGAGUUACGUGCCCAACACGCCGCCUUCGCCAAGCAAGCGCAAUACGACUUGGCCUCGCUGGAGGAAUCCCAUGCCGCCCAAGUCGCGGCCACUGCGGAAGAGACCCAGCGCCACAGGCUUGAGCUUGAAGCCAAGCUGCAGUACCAAAGGGAGACGUUGACGGCGCAGCUCAAGGAAUCCAAGCAGUCGUAUGAAGAUCAGCUCGUCGAACAGCGCGUGCGGUUGGAGUGCCUGAACGAACACCAGCGCGAGAUACUCGAGGGUCAGCUGCGGGACCAAGCUGCAGAAACCGUUGCCCGGGAAGCCGCGACGCGCGCCACCUUUGACGCUCAAUUAGCCGCUGUGAAAACGGAGUUGGAAGGCCAACUUGACAAGCUACGUGCAGGCUACGAAGCGGUCAUUGCUCAGCAACGCGAGCGGUACGACGCCACGAUUCGGCAGCGGAAGGAGCGGUACGAGCUCGACGUGGCCACCCAGCGCGCCGAGUUGGAAUCGGCUCUCGCGACGACUAAAGCCAGGCUCGAAGGGGAGCUUGCCGACACGAAGUUGCGGCUAGAAACAGAGCUCCGAACAACGCGCGAGACGCUGGAGGGCGAAGCGGCGGUGCAAAAGGCCUUGUACGAAUCCACGCUGCGUACGACUCGAGACACCCUCGAACGUGAACACCGUGAAACCAAAGCUGCAUUGGAGGGUCGCCUCACUGCUGUCCAGACGACGCUGGAGGCGGAGCUGAGCCGUCAAAAGGAGCGCUUUGAAGGUGAAAUCGCGCAGCAAGCCACCGUUUUUGAAGCCGACGUCGCAGACCAGCGCUGCCGGUUGGAAUGCCAACUAGCCGAGCAGAAAGACGCCAUGGAGAGACAGCUCACGAGCCAGCGGAUGGAGUACGAGGCCGAGAUGCUGCGGCAGCGCACCGACCUCGAAUCUUCCCUUCGCGUCCAGCGUGAUGAGUUGGAAGGUCAACUGAAGACCACCCGGUCAACACUCGAGGACGAACUCGCGCGUGAGAAAGCCACGCAUGAGCGCAGCGCGGAGGACCAGCGCGUCGCGUACGAGGCGCGGCUGUUUGCCCAGGACGCUGAUCUCACGGGACAGCUCCACGAGUGGCAAACAAAGUACCAUGACGAGACGACAUCGAUGCGAGCACGUUUCGACCACGACCUCACGACCCAGCGCGCGGCGCUCGAGGGCGCGCUGGUGACGCAGAAGGAAGCGCUCGAGACCGAACUCCUCCAGCAAAAGGCGGCGUAUGAGACCAAGCUGGCUCGCCAGGAGGAUAUGUUUGACACGCAAAUGGCGGAAAAGUGCCGCCAGUACAACCUCGACAUUCAAGCCCAAGUUGACGCGUUUGAAAAGCACAUGGCCGAGCGAACGGCAGCGUGGGAGGCGGCUGUCAUGGCGCAGGCAGCAACCCAUCACAGCGAGCUCCAAGCGCUCGUGCAGCAGGGAGAGCACGACCAGGACACUGCCAAACAGACCAUUCUGGAGUGGACGACGAGGGCCAACGAUCUCGAAAGGUCAGCAGGUCUUCGCCUCGCUGCACUGGAUGCAGAGGUCGCGUCGUUGAAAACGCAGCUACAGGGCAGCAUAAACGACCACACGACAGCCGCCAAGGCGUUGGUGGAGGCUGUGGCAGCCCACAAACAGGAUGCAGAAGCCGCGGAAGCCUCGAUCACGUCACUCAAACAAAACGUCGCGGCGCUGGAAGCCCAUGUCGCGCAGUGUUACACGGGGGACUUUCUCGUGACGCGCAUCAAAACUGGAAUGCACGCGCUGAUCCAGCCCACGUUCCAUCCAAACAUCGCGGAGCAUGUGGCAACCAUGGCGAGCCUCGACGACGUCGAUGCGCUCUUGGCAAUGCUUCUUGCCCUCGCAAUUGAGUGCCAAACGUUUGUGCAGGUGGGCUCUCAACGGCUGGACGUGCAACACUUGACAAGCAUCGUGGACGAGCACGACUCGCUGUGGGCGCAACUUUCGCCUGCAUGGGCUAGCAGUUCGCGGGACAUUCACCAAGUGAUCUUCCACACCAAGGAACACAUGCGCCUGCUCGAGAAGUUGGCGCAGCUCGUGCCUGACAUCGGCACGCCGAGCGUAGACGCAGCUCUCGCCUUCGCUUCGACCUUUCAAGCCCAUCGCAAACACGCCACGGCCAUGUUGGCCACGACGCCGUCCAAGGCUUCGUCGCCCAGCGACAACGCAGCCGCCCUUGCAACGUCCAGCGACAUUCUUGACGCAUUGCAAGCUUGGCAGUCCUUCCGCGUCAACGUUGCGAAAGCGUUGCGACUGGCCGACGGCGUGUGGCGCGAAGCCGACGUCAUUGCGCUCGUGGACGAGUAUAUGGUUCUAAAAGACAAAACGCGCGAUCGGUUCCAGCUCCAAGAGGCCAACUCGACAGUGAUUUUUCAAUACCUUGACGCGUAUCACGCGUGCUUGAGUCAAGGCAAGGCGAUAUUGACCACAGAGCCCGGCGAAGUCGACGCCGCGACACUGUUGCGCCACGUGGAUGCGUACGACCAGCUGCGCACACAAGUCGCCCGCGUGAUGAAAGUGCCAAAGAAAGAUGUCGAUAGCCGCAUGAUCCUGGACGAAGUGACCGAGUGGUUUACGCUGCGCGGUCGCGUGGCCAGCCACCUCGGUGGCGACGCUGGUAGUACGCUACCAACGGCCACCACAAUUGGCAACACAGUCGAAGCCCAUGCAACGCUACUACGGGACGUGGCGGCAGUAUGGGAAGAAGCCGACCCCAUCACCGUCCCCCGCAUUGUUGCCACCAUGCAAGAGUAUCAUUCCCUGCGACGGGAUGCUACCUCCGUGCUGCAGCUGCCAGCAACGACAACGCCAGGCGGCACGACCAUUGUACCGCGUGACGUGAUCGCAAUGUUGACGGAAUAUGUGAAUCUCGGCCAACAAGUCGCCAAGCAGCUCGAAUUGACAUCGCCGCGGGCCACGGCUCGGGACAUCACCGACGCACUCGCUGCAUAUCAAACCCUUCGUGCAGAUUGCGCACGACUUUGGCAAGUCGCCCCGCCAGUUCACGCCACAACGAUGUCUCCCGGCGCAGCACCGGCGUCGUCGAAGCGGAGCUCCGCCUCCGACAUCCUUGCGUGGGUUCAGGAUUAUCAUGGGCUGCGCUCCCGCGUGUCGAUUCUUCUCGGCUGUGGCACCGACGGCAACGCCGAGCUUUGCGCGACGGAAGACAUCGUGACUGUCGUCCAGACGUACUUGGAAUUGGCAGUCAAGCACCGCGACCUGGUGCGGGCCAAGAUGGCCAUCGAGGCCAACAACAACGCGCUUACAGGCAAUUUGGACGCGGUGCGGCAGGCGCUACAGGACCUCGAGAUGCGCGUAGCUGCCGUGGGUUCCAAGCACGGACUGGCCUUGUUUACUUCCACCAACCCGCAGCUCUUUUUUGAUGCGCUCGAUCGUAAGCUCCAGGACGGAAAGGACUUUGAAGCGGCGUUCCAUCGGCGAAAACUGGCCCAUGAACAAGACGUCGCGGCGCAUACGGCGGCCGUGGCGACGCUUCAUCGCGAAGCGGCUCUCGCGAUGGACGCGCUUCACCGGGACCAUGACACGAAACGCCAAGACGCCGAGCGGGCAGCAGCGCAAGCGCUGGCAGCCCUCGACCGCGCCCGCGCACUACAAGUUGAAGAUCUCAUGACGGCUAGCGCGCGGCAGUACGAUGAUCUGCAGCGCUCGAUGGCAGCGCAGUUGGAAGCAUUGCAGCGGGACCUGACAAACGCACGAGCGAUCAAGCUGAAGGAACAAGCCGACUACGACGCGAUCAUGGACACGAUUCACCGCGCGCUUGAGGCGCAAGCUGCGGACGCCCACAGUCGCAAGGACAAUAGCGAGAAAGCAGCGUUCUUUGCGCGAUACGUCGACCGCGAUCGCAUGCUGAUGGAGUUGGUGUACGGAGCCAUUCGCUCCGUAACGCAGCUCCUGACUCCGGCGACCCCCAAGGCGUCGACGAUGCCGACGGAAUUGAGUCAUGCCAUCCUUGGGUGCAUCAAGGAGCUGAAACGAAUGAAAGAGUACGUGAUUGGAUCCUUCGAUGCGCUGCAGAAGGACCUCGCGCCAUUUCUUCCGUUCGAGGUGACGUGGCACGCUGUGGAGUGGCGACCUGAUAUGGAGCUCGCGGCGUGGUGCGUCGAGAGCAUUGAAAAGACCAACGAGCACGCACGCAUGCAGUUUCAACAGUUCUUGGCCCAUGCCAAUUCGACGCUGUCGAUGCUGGCGGCGACGCACCGUGAGCGCGCCAUGGAAGUCCUUGCGUUCAUGAGGCGCAGCGCCGCACCAGACGCUGCGGUGAACAACGACAAGGACGCCAAUAUUCUCAAGAUGCGACUCAUGGAUGCUGUGGCCGACCGUGAUCAAGUUGGACUCGAACUCCAGCUCAAGGAAACUUUUUUCCAAGACCUCCUGCACCAGCACAAAGGAAUUGCUUCAGACAUGUACGCCAAGUUAUCACAACAACAGCAGGUGUGGAAAGCCAUGAUGGCGGCGUCGACGACGGCGGCGCUGUCGCCGCCGAGAUCCCCCACAGCCAAGACUGCUGAAGUCAGCGCCAAGACGCUGCCACUAACUAUGCUUAAACCCGUGCCAAAACCGAAGUGGCAGGAAGAAGACCCCACCACGACUGUGCUCUCGAAUGGCCGCACGCUCAAGGAGCGGUUUGUGAGUGACCUGGCAAUCGAAACCGGCCAGAAUCCCCCCAUGAAACGUGGACAAACGGCUCAGCAGCUGCGGGUGAAUGCACCGGGCACGAUCGACCGACGCAAAGUGAGCCAGCCGUACGUCGCUAUGGCACCCAAGAACAUCCAAGCGUCUACAAUGUCAUCUACCAAACCAACGUAUGGUGGCGCAAACGAAAGCCACCAAGACCAUCUGUGGUACCAAGGGGUCAAGCUGGUCGAUGGCCAGUCGCUGUCGUUGGCGGUGGCGUACAACCCGACCCGAAACAGCGUCGUGCUCGACGUGUUCAACACAGACACCGAGAGCAUGCAAGCCAUUGAAGUGAGUCCAAAGCUGCUGCACAGCGUCAACAAACCUUUGACUGAGUUCACACCCAUCGAGCGAAGUCAUGUGGUCGACGCAGUACUGCAGCGACUGCACAUGACCCCUUCCGAGGGCGGCGCGAUGCAGUGCAUCGUGGCGGAUGACGACCUGUAGCCGCUACGCCCAGGGAAUAAAUGUCGACAUCAAAUAUUUGAUAGAAUAUCAAUUUUCUAUUGGUUAUCUUGAUAAAAAUAGUAUACAACAAUAAUUU